AUGGCUCCCACGAAAGACGCGACAAUGCCGCCGGUGCGGCGCGCUAGGAAGUCCAUUGGAACAUCUACAUUCGGCCGGAAAAGCCUCGACAAGGAGAAUGCGACAAUAGACUUGGGCAGUGCCAGCGCAACAAAUCGCAAGUCAAGGAGCAAGAGCAUGGGCCCUGGCGGGCUAGAUGCUUUGCAACAGGCCAGUGGUAACAGACGCGCGUCUCUAGCUGCGCCCCUCAAGCCGCGGUCGAUAUUGAAACCCACCAUCACGGCACUCCCAGAGAUACCCUUACUCAAGAAGAAGCUUCUUCCCGAUGCGCCAGCCAGGAGCAGUUCAUUAUCGUCGGCGAACGACGACUCUAGUAGAUCAAAAAUAGCCCUGCGUACAGAGGAGGAGCAACAGGCAGCUGCGCGAGAGCGAGACGAGCGUCAACGUCGCGACGCACGCAGAAAGUCACUGGCGAAUCGCCGUGUAUCGUUUGCUGCCGAAGCCACACUGCAUACCUUCAGCAUACCGGACUUUCAAGACACCACAGCAUCUUCAGAGGCAUCCAGACGCGCCUCCGCUAAGGCCGCAGCAGCAGCGGAAUCCGAUGAACAACCCGCAGUGGAACAAGCUGGAACAUUGGAGGCCCACGGGGAAAGUCAGCAAACACGACGUCGGCGGAGCUCGGGGCUGCCACAAUUUCACGACAGAGCCGACGAUACAGCGACGACCUUGUACAGUUCUGACUCUGAACCGGCUGAUGUGGUUGAGGAGAUCGCAUCCGAUGAGGAGGAGGAAGUGGAUUCGAACAGCGACUCUGCCGACGAUGGGACCAUGAUGACUAUGGUCACAGAGGAAGUGACCGGUACCACCAACGCGUCAGAUCGUUCAGACCAAUCUCUCGACUCAGAAGAUGAAGCAGAGUCAUCGACUCUCGACGAAGUUCUUCGACAAGCUGCUCAUCGUGCUGGCAUGCAGGACCUGACAGAAUAUCCAACGGCAUACGGGCAAAAUAACCACGACUAUGAGGAAGACGACGACGAGGAAGUGAUCCCGUCUUUUGGGUGGAUCAAGAAAUCAAGCGCACUGCCUACUGCAACUGCGGCUGCCAGCGGAUCUGACCGCGCGACUCCUGAUGAGACAGAUUUUGCAGACGCACGUGAUGGCGAUACCCAAGCAUCGCUAGGCAUGGAGAUGGAUAUGACAUCAGCUAUUGGAGGUGUCUUGAAGCCAAUGCCUGUGGAGGAAGAAGAGACUGAGAUGGACGAGGACAUGUCCAUGGACGUGACUAAGGUGAUCGGUGGCAUUCUCGGACAGAAUCGAGUUCAGCCGGUAGACGACGUGCCAGAGGCAGAGGACGAGGAGCAGCCCGUGGAAGAAGCCACCAUGGAACUCACCACAGCGAUUGGUGGUAUCCGUUCCGCACAGCAUGACGACUACGAGACAGAUCACGAAGGCCAUGAAGAUAUGUCAAUGGAACUCACAACGAUAUUGGGCGGCGUGCUGGGCAAGAACAAACGUCCUACAGCCACCAAUACUGGAGCUGUUGCAGACGCGACAAUGGAUAUGACCACCGGAUUCGGGCGUAUCGUCAUAGAGAGCGAUAGGCCAGAGAACAAUGAUGGGGAGUCCACCGUGGGAAUGGAUGUCACAACAGCUAUUGGAGGUAUCAUAGGGUCUACCAAUGGUGGAUCUCCCAUGCGCGAUUUGGGUCGGAAGAUCAUGGUAGAGGAAGCCGAUACACCUAAUAGUCCGGGCAAGGCUAUCCGGGCUGUUGUGUCACAGGCGCCGGCGAGCCGCUCAAGGUCACCACUGCGCCAAGACGAGAACGACGAGAACGCAGAUCCUGGACAAUGGGCGUUUGCUGGGCAAGGCCUUCGUCGUAGUAUUCGACCGCCUACUGCUGUAGAAGUAGCGGCAGCCGCUCCUAGCUCAAGGACGCCAUCGCCGGAGAAGUCAGCGACGCCACGCUCGCGAUCACGCUCACAAUCGACUUCACCGAGGAAACACGUCCCCGUACAGCAGCAACGCAUCACACGAUCUGCGACUAGGUCCAAGUCCAAGUCGGUAUCUCCAGAGAAAGUUUCCCGGCAGCCUACUGCUGAAGUUCUUACCCCAUCACCAACCGAAAGACCUCGCAGGCGAUCCUCGAUAGUUAGCAAUGCUGUUGCAGGAACCCCGGUGUCUCAGGUGACAUUGACUCCUCAGAGACCGCUAACUGGGGUUGGAGCCGAUCGCAGCGGUCUCGGGUCACCCAAGGUCGCUGUUCUCCUCGACCGAAGGGAAUCUCUAGGGAAUGCUGCUACGGACUUCGUUCCACGGACAAGAGCAGUGACAUUUCAGGACCCCCGGGACUUGGCAGAACAAGUCGACCGUGAGCGGCAAGAAGAAUUCCAUAAGGAAGAUGACCACACAGCAGGGCAGGAUUCAACAUUCAACUUACGAGGGAUGAUCGACAGCCUCAGUCCCAAGCGAAUGCCUCUCAAGGGUCGUAAAAGCCUUCACGUGGGCAGUGCAAAUGGCCUGUUGGGCAAGCGGCCAGUCGAGCUGGAUGACGACGACGACAGCGAGGCAGAACCUCGUGAUGGCGUCAAGAGGCUGAAAGGCCAUCAAGGCAGCCCUGUUAAGAACGUUCGCCUUCAGAAUCCCCCGUCGAGGACCGAAACAACAGGUGGUCUGAUGAGAUCAUCUCAGAUGAACCUGGAGCAACCCGAGACGACACCACUUGUGUCAUCUCCUGCAAAAAACGGCCAGUCCGAGAUACCGAGACACCAGCUACGCUUCCAAGAAGCUGAGGAGGAUCCUACCACAAGAGAGGUCGACUUCCACCACUCCCCAGUGAAAGAUGCGGCGCAAUUAGCGAGGGCAGCCGAGGAAGGCCGUAUCCAUCUUCAAGACUUCCUCAAUAUGACCUCGAUCCGAUUCAUGGAAUUGACGACGACGAAACGCCGCCACACUGCUGCCCCGGCCUCUUUCAAGAACGGGCACCCCGCUAGUGGCGAGGAGGACACGUCCCUUGAACGCUAUGUGGUAGCCGGCGCGUGCACCGUUCCCACACUCGAACUGUACCAGCACUGCUGCCGUGAGCUGAAGAAGUAUAUCUCGAAGGGGCGACGGAUUGUCAAGGACGUGGAAAUCGAUACCUUCAAUGAGAAUCCUCCCUUGUUCCGGGAAUAUGUCACAGCGACCCCGGAUGUCAAGGCGCUGAUGGACAGCCAAUUCAAAAACGUCAAGACGCACGCUCGACUGCUCAGCAAAGCCAAGUGGUACGAAUGGCGUAUGAUGGUGCAGGAUGGGCUGAGGCAGGGGCUGUUCAAGAUCUCGGAGGAUAUGGAGAGCGACGCGCAGCUUUUGCAGAAGCAGACCGAUCUCAUAGCGUCAGUGCUACCUGAGCUUGAAAAGCGCCACCAACGUCUCUCGGAAGAAAGUGCCGACCUCGAAGAGGUAGCGCAGCAACUGGCCGAGUCUGAUCCUGCCGUUCUCGAAGCUACACGCGAAGACCUGACGGAGCUGGAUCUGGACAUUGCUCGCAAGAGGAAGAUGAUUGCUGAUCUCCGUCAAGAAUACGAGGAAUCGGAGGCCGAGGUUCAACUGCUAUCCGAGAAGAAGGAUAGCUGUCUGGCAGAGAUUAGUCAGUCGGAGAGGAUCCGCGAAGCCUGCCGCGGUUGGACAAGUGCAGACAUCGACACGUUCAGAGAACGGGUGGAGGCGAUCGCACAAAAGCACGGCUGGGCAGUAACGGGCAUCACAGGAACGAAUCUCUCUAUGGCCUACAAAGGCGAGGUCCAGUUGGAUUUUGACACCGCGACCCUGCAAUCCGCCUCUCCUGACUCGCGUCUCGAGAUAAGGUACAUUGGCGAUCAAAAAGAAUACAACGCUGUGGCCCAGACACCGGAAAAGGAAGCCGUCCUGCACUGUAUUCGGAACCAGGUCCGAGCUAUGGAGCAAGAUCGCAGAAGUCUCGCCAAGGUGCUGUCACUUGUAGCCGCCGGAUGGCACAAAGCACAAUACGUUGGCUCGCAGUUGCGGAGGAUAAACACAACCCUCCCCACGACAGUGGAGAAAAUCUCAGGCACAAGCUUUCUGGUGAAGACGUCAAUCCUCUUGGUGCCGCUAGAGACUCGAGUGGAGAUUGUGCUCAGCUUGCACGGUCGCGACAGCUCGGAACGAGUCGACUUCGACAUCCGUCCCGCCGCCAAGGUUGUCUAUGGCGAACAUUUCAACGAAGACAAAAUCAACGAGUACCUCACCACUCGGCUGGGUGAAUAUUCACAACACGAACGCAUCAACGCAGACAUACUCCUCGUCAUCACAGCUGCCUUUCACUCUGAUUCGGAGUACGGUAACGAACUGAUUCGCCCAACGAUCGCUACCCUCACGAUGAACGCGAUAUACGCACCAAAACCACCUGACCUGGAUAGCUUCCAGCACAAAGUCUUCGACGCACUUGCGCUGACCAUCAUGUGGUCAUACUACACUCUUGAAUUUGGCUGGCACAAGGUCAUCUCGUACGACUACCAGGCAGUUUCGUGGCGGAUGUGGGAAUCUACCCAGUCUACGCUGGCAGAAUUCUUGACGAUAUCCGGAUGCAUGGAGUACCUCAAGCGAUGCCUGGCUCACAGCCUUCGCAAGGUUGGCUACAGCAAGACACAGGGGACAAUGCUUGUCCAUGACUUGCAGAGGUCCUUGGGCAGUCUACUUUACGACACGCUGGAGAGCCUCCGCGUCGGCGCACGUCUCGCCAAUCUUCUCGAAUCUCUUUUGGAGGCCAAAUUGCGGAUGGCAUGGGUGCUGUCUAGCACAAUCGGCCUUCUCAAGCCCGUGUGGGAGACUAUGUCCAGCAUGGAUAUCAAGUGGCCUUUCAUCAAGUUCCUGGAGAGCCUGAAGAGCAAAGACAUUUAUUUCUGGGAGGCCGUGUUCAUAUACGUUUGGUGCUCUGUCAUGGUCCUCUCACUAUCCUGCAUCGCCAUCACCUCGCUUCUCAUGUUCCUGUUCUCGUAUUACCGCCGGUUCUUUGUGUUCUACGACUCGUACUUGUUCUGCGACCCCCUUGCGAGAGCGAUCACCGGCCUUGAGAUUCCGCGCCACGCCAUCGAGCACAUCUACUAUGUAGGGGACUUGCGCAAGAGCAUGCCGUUGGAGGCCUUUCGACUACUAGCUGGGGGGUUGAUCUACCUGAGUAAGACUUUCGCGCCCGUGGGCCAUUGCCUCGAGACUUGGUGGGAGAAGUGGCAGCCAGCAGUCCCGCAUGAGGAUAAUGAGGACGAAGUGCCAAGCUAUCCUCCAAGUGAUGCUACGAGCCCACUGAUGUCUACUUACCCAAGCUACCCUCCUACACCAUGUGUCGAGGAUUGUGACAGCCAAGCCCCUGGCACAGACGACGACGAAGUUCCAUUCUUCAGGCGCUGGGGCAAUCAGCCCACCAGCGAGGUUGCUCAGGAGGCUCCUGAAGACAGCCUGACACCUGAUUACGGCUACGGCGACCUUGGAAGAUCUGGGAGAUUCAACUACCGAGGUUCCACGAACGGUGCGACAGUUGAUGCUGGGGAUUUCUUGAGAUCACCAGCCUGUGCCCUUAACUCGAACCAAAUGGAGGCGGGCAGUAACCUCAUCCACUCUCCAGAGGUUCCCGAAUCAGAGUCAGAGGAGGGAGAUAAAAACAGCACGAUACACCACCAGAAACCAUCGUUCUUCAAACAUCAGGCUCCGACAGGCGAGGAUGACAACAAUGGUAUUGGUGAUGACGAACUUACCGACGAGGAUGGCUCACCUGGCCCACAUGGUUCAGGGGCCGCGACCAGGCAAAGUUCACCUACGCAAGCUGUGUCUGCACCUACGUUACAACGACCGAGUUCCAUCCUUGCCGCCUCAGAGUCCCAAAGGGGUUCGCAGGUCUCACAUGAUGGGCCUCCUGCAAGACCCACGAGUGUGACUUGGGAAGAGCCCCUGGUAUCUCCAUCAAGCCCACCCAAGACACCGUCCCCGGAAUGCGAGUUGCUACCCGCGGACCUAUCCCCCGACGAGACUGCCCCAGCAGGACAAGACUUCAAUACGCGCCUCGCUGCGUUUCGCAGAAAUGGCGGCUGGGACGGCAAGAAAGACAAGCGGACUUUCAUUCUUUGGGAAGCCAAUGGACGCCCAAUCACAGAAACGCCUGCAUCUCCAGAUGAAGAGUCCGAUAUUGCUUGUGACACGAUGUGCGAGGAUGCAGCCGUUUCUGAGGCUGCACCACUUUCUGAGGCCCGCGCUACUCCCGAGCCUUCAGACACCCCUGAGCUGGGCUUUGCCAAGUCUGGGGAAGUAGCACCAUCUUCAACACCUCCCGUUGUUCCGGCCAAUCAUCAUACGAACAAUCAACAGGAAAGAAUAGAAGGCGCUCGUGCUUCGGUAGGUCACAGCCCCGAAAUACACCCUUCGACUACCCAAGCCGGACACGAAUUGGAGCGAUCUACAGAUGUCGAAUCACAUAAUGAAUUUGGCAACGUGGAAUCUGGGACAGCUUACCAGGAAGACGGUGAUAAUGUGUUCGCUAUCACUAGGCGUCGUCUAGAUUUGUCACCUGCGACUUCUGAUCUGGCGAUUCUGGAAUGGGCUAAGAUGUUUGACAAGCUCAACGAGAUAGCAGGUCGCCCAAUGAUUGGAGGCGUCCUAGGGUCGGAGGAAUGGUGGAAGACGUACUGGGAGACUAAGGACAGAGACGCUGCAACGAGGGCCGAGACGCUGCAUGAAAAGACCGAGGUGGCCGGUAAGCCAGUAUCGGGAUCAGAAGAAGAAAACAAGACGGCAGAUGCAAGCCCUGAUGCCGUUACGGAUACUGGCCGCAUGUUGGGGGAACAGGAGGCUAUGAGCAGCACUACUCAGGACACUGGAGCCUCCCCGAAGAGUCCCGAAGAAGCAACGGAAAGCGCCAGGCCCGGCUCUAGGCAAGCGGAUGCGGUUGGUGAUCGAAUGCGUCGACUGAUCAACCGAAAGACGGAGGCAAAGGCAGCAGAGUCAAAGGGCAAGCCCAAAAAGCUGGGAAUUGCGAAGAAGGCAAGAAUCCGGAGGUCUGCUCUCUGGGAGAAGCUUGGCGGCGUAAGACCACCCUCGACGCCCAAGACUGAGGCACAGCCUGCGGAAAAGUCACGAUCAGCCGAUGCCAGUCAAGAUGCAUCUGAGAAAGCUGCGGCUGAAGCAGAGCCUGGAUUGCGGAGUGGGAUUACUCAUCAGGAGGAGGAGGAGGAGAGCAAUCUCGAAACUGCGGACCAGAUACAUGUUCCGGAAGCUGAGGAGGGGAGGAAAGCUGAAGAGGAGAGGAAAGCUGAAGAGGAGGGGAAAGCUGAAGAGCAGAGGAAAGCUGAAGGCAAGAAGGUUGAAGAGGCCAGGCUGGUUGAAGAGUCCAAGGAGGCUGAAGAGGCAAAGAAGGCUGAGCAAACGAAGAAGGUCGAAGAACAGAGGGAAGCUGAAAAGGCUAUGAAGGCCGACGAGGCCAUAAAGGUUGAAGAAGCUCAAAGGAGGGCUGAGGCAGAGCGCGCCAUCGCAGAUUCUUCGAGGGCUGAAGAGGAGAGAAAGAUUCAACAAGCUCAGGAAGCAGAUCAAACAGGGCUAAUCAAUGCUCAACCGGACGACAGCAAUAUGCAAUUUGAGGCCUCGGGAAUGCAGGGUGUUGAAGCAACGUGGCAGACAGGCCAGCAACAGCCGGACGCCGAGGAGGCAGAUAUGUCGAUGACCGACCUCCUAGGCUCUGGUCAUCUCUACGAUUUCGACAUCCAAAUGGGCGAUAUUGAGUCUGCUGGCCAGCCUUUCGAUUAUGUUGAUAAGGAUGAAGACGCACGUAUGAACUCCCCGGAACCAGUGCCACUCAUGGCGACACAGUCCGCGCCGAUGCCCUUGACAUCGACGCCCUCCACAUCCAUGCCCGGGAUGCAGCAGGCUGGGAGCCACGGGAUCGACAUCCAGGUGUUGUCCAACGACGCAAUCAAAGAAGGCAUGAUGUCAGUGUCUGGCAAUGACUGGCAAGGCUUCUUCGACGAAUACAAUCGCCGUCGGCAGUUUGGGCUCAUUGAAGACGACUACCCAAACGACACAGCUGACGAGGAGAUGAUGGACAGUGCAUAUGAUGAGUGGUUCAACACUCCCCUUCCACAAAGACAAUUCGAAGAUCCAUAUGCGCUUUCUGAUCAGCCACUGGCCUUCCCCCAACCGACCGCAGGACAGUUUGCAGAACCCCUUGCAUUUCCAGAGGGCCUGGACCCUGCCAUACGUCCAGAGAGCUUUGGACAAUUGCACGAUGGGCAGAUGGAGAUCGUUCAGGAGCAGCCCGAUAUGUUUUUCUUGGAUCACACAACUCAAGACGCCAACGAAAGCCCAGAUGUUCAGUUGUCACCACCACGCCCAUAUUUCUCCGAGACAAACGACAACAGCGACAUCUCGUACACGGACCAGUUCCAGGCGGACUUUGACUACGCCAAUCCUGGUGACGUGACCGGUGACUUUGGCCUUGGCGACGUCUUUGGGUCGGGUAACAUACCAUCAUUCUCGGGAGAGACACCCAGCUGGCUUACCACCACUGACGAUGAAGGUGAGCAAGAUGAAGACGCGAUACUGAAGAUGCUGCCUUCGGCUACACCCCUCGAGCACUUCCAAAACUUUGAUGAAGAUCAAUGGCAGGGUCCGGUCAAUUGGACCGCGGCUUUGCCACCAUCCGUUGCGCCAGUGGAGGCUACCCCUCCGGCUGGGUCAAACAUAACGCCACUCUAUGAUCCGUUUGCUGGAGCAUCUGCGCCUGGCCCUAGCACGCCAUCGCCCAUUAGGACACGGGCAGCGUCGAGGGCUCCAACCGGACCGAGCCCUUUGAGGAACUCAUUCACUCCACAUGCAUUUUCAUCGAGUGAACGAGACGAUGCUUCGACCUCCGUUGAGGACCCGGAAGGCCAUGAUCACUCCGAUCACUCUAAGAAUGAACAGGACCAAAACCGGCUGAAUCAGGACGACAACAGCUCCGCCAGUGGAAGCAGCCUCGAUGAGCUGGUGGAGGAGGUCUUCGUGCAGGAUCACGGGGAAAAAUAUACAGUGUACCGCCGACGACGGCGGGAAGCUCGUGUUCAAGCGAGGGCGGGAGAAACGACACCCACGCCGCAACGUCCCGAUCCUUAUCAUGACCUUUCAGCGGAAGCUAGGUUUAAUUUGCGGGAUACCGCUGGCGAUGACGAGCCUGACGAGCCACAGUCCAUGGCAGACAACAUAGCCGCCGCAGGAGCUGGUCCCCGAACUCGCUACUACGCUCAACCCACCACUGCCCCCGAGAUUCCACCAGACAGGCGCGAGGAGAUGGAGGAGCCAGAGACCUUGGACACGCAAGAACAGAUCAACGCUCGCCGCAGGCUUCAAGCGAGAAGACCAACGGCCACCGCGCCCGUGGAGGAGCGCCCUAUGGCCACGCCUAAUCGGCGAGGUCGAGUUAAGCCCCCGUCCGAUCGGGAGGUUGAGUCGGCAAAGAUGAACGCCAUGGCUAAGAAGAAGUAUACCAAGGAGGAUGUACAAAAGAUGAUGGAGGAGGUUGAUGCAGAGGACGAACAAGAUGAAACACCAAGCUGCACCCCUCUGCAGCCUCACAACAAUGGCAAAGCCCCCGUUGGGCCGCGUUGGUCGAUUCAGCAUGAGCACGAGUCGACGGGCCUCUCUGGCAAUGCGCCUACCACACCGACUCCGGGGCCAUCGUCGUCCACCACUCCCCAGCAAAUCACCACGCCCGCCGGUGAUCUUGAGGUCCAGACACCCUCCUCACCGGGGACUGGCACUUUAGGAGAGUCUGAUGAUCAACAAGAACCAGCAGAUGAGCCUGGCACGCAAGAUGGCCAUGCCAAAGGCAAGAGAGCCAUGGUUAAAGACGCCGACAAGAUGGAGACGCCGAAGCAACCCAAAAAGAAGAAGUCGAGGAAGAAGAAGAAGAAGCAAAGGAGAGACUGA